CCAUCUGCAUGUGUCAUGGAGGAAAAGUUUUAGCAGGAACUAAUAUUUAUAGCUAAAUCGUCUUGGACGUUUCCUUUUUUAUAUUAAUUAACCAUACCAUCAGAAACACUCUUUGCAUUCAAGUAACGUACGGAGUUUAUAAGUCAAGAUGACAGCAGAAAGUUCGGGAGCAGGAAGAACAUUUAAUUUUAAGAUAGUUUUGUUAGGCGAAGGUUGUGUUGGAAAAACAUCAUUGGUUCUUCGUUAUGUUGAAAACAAAUUUAAUGAUAAACACAUCUCAACACUUCAGGUAGUCUUUCUUACUAAAAAACUAAAUAUUGGGGAAAGAGAGUGAAAUCUGGCAAUUUGGGAUACAGCAGGCCAGGAAAGAUUUCAUGCACUUGGGCCAAUAUAUUAUAGAGACAGCAAUGGUGCAAUUUUAGUGUAUGAUAUAACAGAUGCAGACUCAUUCCAAAAGGUUAAGAGUUGGGUGAAAGAACUGCGAAAGAUGUUAGGAGAAGAUGUCUGUCUCUGUAUUGUUGGAAACAAAACUGAUCUAGAUAAAGACCGCCAUGUUACUGCAGAGGAAGCAGAAAGCUAUGCGAAUUCAGUAAGUGCAAGGCAUUUCCAAACUUCAGCCAAGUUGAAUAAAGGAGUAGAAGAAAUGUUUCUCGACCUUACUAAAAAGAUGCUGGAGACAGCAGCGGCGGAGAGUUCACAGCAGAAAGCUGGUGCUUCCAGAUCGACGCAGCGUAAGAAUGUGGUGAUCGUCGAUGAUGAGGAGGACUCCAGUCAUCAGAAGAAAGGCUGCUGCGGGUGAACACGUGCUGUAAUUGUGAUUUUGUCGGCCAGCACCUGGCCAUUUGGUACCUUUGCUGUAGAGUACGGACUAUAGGCUGUCUGGCAUUUACCGUCAUUGUUUUCCUCCACUUAAUUUGAGACCACGACACAAAAAUGCAGCAUAAAAUCGCUUCGACAACGACCGCAAUAAAAUGGGGUGACAUGAAAAGUGGCAGCACCAGCAGUCAUCAAUACAGGGAUAUAGGUCCUCUCUUGUCUUAUUGCUGCUGGUGCUAUUGUUGCUUUUGCGGGCAUAACUAUCACAUACAAAGGUCACUGAACAGCACAAAAUUGUAGCCUACUAGUAUGGUUUAAAAGAAUGGCCAUUAUAUAGUACAUGCUUUAUGCAGUUUUGCGAUUGAACAAAUAAUGUAAGUCUCAUUUCCUUAUUCGUGCCAGUAAUUUUCUAAGGCUGUAACAAGCAUUCCCUAUAGAAAUAUGUGCAGCUACCUUACGCAGAAUUCAAGGAUUUUUCUUUUAAGAGUUUUCAUAAUGCAUUGCAUGUUAACUCUCAGACAUUCUGAUUAGAGAGUGUAAGAUUAUAUGAAUCUGGUUAGAAAUCAUGCUCACCAGAAGACAAAUAUAUUAUUAUAAUUCUUUUUACAAAAUGUAGGCUUGUACUAUAUAUGCUAUGUACAGGAAAGAUAGCGCAGCACAUUACCAUGAUCAUAGAUGUGCACCUAUGUUCAUGAUCUUACAGUAGCAAGAAAAUGCGAGGUUAUAUAUUGGUUAUGACUCCCAAUUUUGGAUUGUGUGAGUGUUUUAUCUGAAUAUAUGCAAAAUACUGUUACUAUUUAAAUGCAGGGUGACAGACAAAAGAAUGACAUUUGCAACACUGGUUGUCUUUACAAGUGAUGCGAGUUCAUAUUCAUACCUUUUUCGGUGGAUGAUAUCUUGGACAUGUUUAAAACUAUUUUGUUACUGCACAAUAAAAUCUGCUAUUAUUAGACUGCUGAAA